GCAUUAGCCACAGCGCUUAAGCUCAGCAAGCUAACAGCAACAAACACAGCAGCCGAGACGCAAAUCUGGAGCUUUCGCCAAACGCAAACUCAACAACCAGGGCUAUAAUGGCCUCUUUAGGAGAACCUGUUCGUCUGGAAAGAGACAUAUCUCGUGCCAUUGAGCUGCUGGACAAGCUCCAGAGAACAGGGGAAGUGCCACCCCAGAAGCUGCAGGCCCUUCAGAGGGUUUUGCAGAGCGAGUUCUGCAAGGCCGUAAGGGAAGUAUACGAGCAUGUGUAUGAGACGGUGGACAUAAACAGCAGCCCUGAGGUGAGGGCGAACGCAACAGCAAAGGUAAGUCAGGCUACAGUGGCUGCGUUUGCAGCUAGUGAGGGUCAUUCUCACCCACGUGUGGUGGAGCUCCCAAAAACAGAGGAGGGACUGGGGUUCAACAUAAUGGGUGGGAAGGAACAAAACUCGCCCAUCUACAUCUCCCGCAUCAUUCCUGGAGGCAUCGCUGAUCGACACGGCGGCCUGAAGAGAGGAGACCAGCUGCUUUCUGUGAAUGGAGUGAGUGUAGAAGGAGAGCACCACGAGAAAGCAGUGGAGCUGUUGAAGGCUGCUCAGGGCACAGUGAAACUGGUGGUACGGUAUACACCUAAAGUCCUGGAAGAGAUGGAGUCACGCUUUGAGAAGUUGAGGUCUGCCAAACGCCGGCAACAGAACAACUUCCCCAAGUAGGGGUCUCAUCUGUGCCCCCCCACCCCCCACU